UGGUUGUGCAUUUCAAGCAGCUACAACAACUUCAUUGAAAUUAAGGAGCAUGCUUUUAGAAAGGUUUUUUCAAGACGUACUUGACCUCUCUAAACAUGAAGCACCUCCAGUUUUACCACGUUAAAUGAUGGUUACCGCUAAUCCCAAUACAACAAUCAAUUUUUCUGCCGAUUUCGAGGUUAAAAAAAAGUCCGAAACAGAUCGGAGUAAAACAUCUCCAGCAAGCGACGAAUUACCAGGGCUUCACGACCCAAUUCUUCCCAGCACCCGUCGCCAGUGCCGCUCAGCGGGCACCUCCGCUCUCAACUUGCGUCCACUAUUACAUUAAAUCACCCCCGGGUGGGCUCUGUAAUUGCAAUGGCAUCCUCCCUCGCUCCCCGCUCCUACGCCCUUUCUUCUCUCCCCCUCCGAACCACCACCACGUCUCCUUAUAUCCACCUCUGGUCCUCCCUACAAUCAUUCCCCUCUUCACCGUUAUCCUCGCGAUAUCUCCUUCUAUCAUGCCGGCCCUUCUCCCACACUACACAGCGGGAGGCCUCUAUGAGAAACGCGCAGAUAUUGCGGCCACAAGCAGAAGCGACAAUGAGCUCGAAAAACCAGAUGAAGGAGGCCCUGAGAUCGAUGAGGGACGGGUCCAUUCCCGAUGAUAUGGGGCUUUUGCCGGGCACCUUUAUCCGGCCUCUGUGGAGGAAUAUGCCGUCCAUAUUCAGGUAUCCAAAAGAGCGGCUGUGGAUGGAGUGGGUAUCGCUGAGGGCGAAGUUUCAGGAUUUUGUUGGCGUUUUAGCCUAUUGCAAAUACCUCAAUGCAAAAAACAAGCUUCCUCUCCGCCUCCGCGAGAGAAAACGCGCCGCCCGCGACCUCUAUAAAACCAUGUACACAGCUUACGCAGCCGCCGACACCGCAACCCUCGACAACAUCUGCUGCGACAGCCUCCGUGAUCAAUUUCUAAAGCGAAUCUCCAAACGGCCCCCACAAGCCAAAAAGCUCGUCUGGACACUGCACAAAUUCAUAAAAUUCCCCUUCUCAACGACCCUGACCGGGUCGCGCGUCAUCGCCGACCGCGCUGCACAGGUGGCUCACGGUGUCGGUAUUCGCCAGGUCGUCGUGCGCAUCCAGAGCCGCCAGUCUCUGGUCCGUCCCCAACCCCCCGCUGCCGAAAGCCCGAACGAGGCCAAGAGAACCCUGCCGCAAGCUGCCGCAGGGGAAGCGAAGAGCCAGACUUCCACAGAGUAUAUUGUGUUGCAGAAGAUGCUGGUUGCGGGCAAGGAGGGGGACUGGAAGGUAUGGGGGUUUGUGAAUGAGUCGACGAUGGAGGAUAUGGAGACGAAUCCGGCGUUUGCGAAGGGGUUGUCAUUGAAGGAUCGGUUGGAGCUUAUGUCUGGAGCGAAGUUUUGAGGGAGUGUAGGGUUUCUUCGUGAUGGUGGGAAGGGAGAGGAGGGGAAGGAUGCCAUAUUAUUGUGGGCUCAGGGGUCAAGAGAGGGUUAAUAUCUUCGCUCUGUAGGAUAUUCUUUUCUUUUAUUUUGCAAAUUUUGCCAUUUUUUUGGUUCUCGAUUUGCUCUAAUGUGAGCUGGUGCGGGUGUUCUUGACAUCUCUGGUAUUUUGUAAAAUAGCCAAAACCAUUGUUGAGCUGGUGGUUGUUAUCAUCGUUAUUCCUCUAUAUAUCAUUUUUGUGUAUGUUCGGAGUAUUAUAAAUUAAAUAAAUAGAUCCUGCCUUGAUUCUCCACUAUAAGAAACAGUGCAAUGAAACAGAAUUUCAAACAUUCAAGAAUAAAAAG